CCUCACGUGACCAGUCCUCUUGACGUCACGUGGCAAUAUGGCGGCUCCCUUCGAUGAACAGUUUUUUGUUUCUCUGGAACUUCUCCUAAAGUCGCCCUCGAAGGAUGCGCUGCGGGAGCUGUUCUCCCAGAGCUACCAGCAGGUGGCGCCAGAGGGCGGCCGGCUGGCCCAGCGCACGGCGGAGGACCUAGACAUCCCCUUCGCGCAGGCGCAGCAGCUGCUGCAGUGUCUGCACUCUCUCGCCCACCAUGUGGUAUUCCGCGGUCUGACCCGACCGCAGCAGAUCCAGGAUCUGUUCCCCGCCUCCUUCCAUGCCAGCCUCAAGAACCUGAUCACAAAGAUCCUCCUGGAACUCAGCCCUGCUUGGCGCUCAGAGGCCAUCCAGACGCACAUCUCUCUCCCACAGUUGAAAGCGUUUGAUUGGAGGGUGGACAUGGUGACGUCAUCAGACUCCGUCAGCCGCAUGGCCGUACCAAGCUGUCUGCUGAGCCUGCAGCUGGGGGAGGACCGGGUGGUGGUGGAGUCGAGCCGUGAGACUCUGGACACAAUGCUGGACGGACUGGGACGCCUGAGGCAGCAGCUGGCCCUGGUGGCCGGGAAAUAACACAACUCUGGUGUCAACACGACAUGUAACACAACGCUGGUGUCAACACAACUCUGGUGUCAAACACAUGUACCACAACUCUGGUGUCAACACGCAACUCUGGUGUUAACACAACUCUGGCGUCACCACAACAAGUAACAACUCUGCUGUCAACACAACUCUGGUGGAACACAACUCUGGUGUCAACACAUGUACCACAACAGUUAACGGUUGUACAUUAUACAUCUAUAACUGUUCUAUAUUAUAUAUACCUAUGUCUGUACCUGUUCUAUGAUAUCUAUCUCCGUCUUUGUUAGAAUUUCCAUAGUAACAAGAUAUUUGUGGAGCUGGUUUUUGUUCAUUGUCACAUUUCUAAUAAAGCGUAACUUUACAUUUUGUUUUUGUAAAUCUUUCAGAAUUAAAGCAUGAAUAAAGUAAGUAAAAAUAUGAACAGUUCUCCCGUUCCUCUGGGUAGUGACGAGAGGUGAUGACAUCACUGUGUUCACUGGUGAUGACAUCACUUUGUUCACUGGGGAUGACGUCACUGUUGCAGCAUUCAAAACGGUCAGUUUCCAGGAGGUUCGGACCUUAAGCUUGGAGGAAAGUGCUUUGAACACUCUGUUGGGUCUGAGUUUUCGCUGUGCGGAAUAAAGGCCCAAUCCCAUUUCUACCCCGUUCCCCUUCCCCCUUCAAAACAAGGGGUAGGGGGAAGGGGUAAGGGGUAGAAAUAGGAUUGGGCCUAAAGCUAGCCGAAUCCUCCGAGGUCACGUCACAACAAUGGCUGCCCAUUUUAUUGAUAGACUAAAGUGAACUUGCAGCAUGCACUAAGAGGCAAACUUAACACCCAUUCCAACAUUUGCAUUACAAUAAAUUAUAGCUUACAAUUAUAAAUCAUCGGAUAAAUUCUUGCUCAUGUUCAACCGUCGCAAGCAGUUCCAAUAACUGAAUCAUCAGAUUCAGCAAAGAAGCGCAAAAAGGUCCUGGCGGGCAUCCAUACUUGUUAUGAGGUCUAGUCUCCAGAAGGAUCUGUUUUCCGGUUUUAUGUCAUAGCCUUACGAACUUCUAAGAAGCGUAAGCUGAACACACGGAAGAGCUUCCGAACUACCGAGCUGUUUUGAAGGCGGCAUGUUUUCACUGGUGAUGACAUCACGUGUUCACUGACCAUGAAUAACUAGUUCUGGCCUCUCUGCCCGACAACACAAGAAAAUCACACCUCAAUUGUUAAUACUUUAAUGUUUAACCAUUACAGAAAAGGGGUGUGUCUCAGCCGGGUGGCAGGACGCUCAACCCCUCCGGGUCCAGCUCCACGCUGUGCACACUGAAGUCUCCGAGACCCUGAGGAACA